CGUUUCAAUUAAACGAAAAAAGUUUGUUUUAACCGAAAGUUCACUAUAACCAGGUUAAUUAUAAGCCGACUUCACUGCAUCAUUUCAGCAAUAAACAUUUGAGGGUCCAAUUUUAUGGCUUUUUUGCUGCAGUCCCAAUAACUCACCCCUACAGCAUACUGUCCCUGGGCAUGAAUCAGCUAAUAUACCUGGUGCGCCCACAACAUUUCCAUUAGAAGUAACGAUGUCGAAUCCUUCAGGCAGUCAAGCACGUGAAGAAACUGCAAAUAAAAAGCCAGUCUUCUGCUGCAGUUUUUUUCAAUGUCGAUGUGGAAGUCAUUAUUUUCCUCAGCGGAUCAUUUUAGCACUUUUGCUUCAUUUGUUCAUGCAAAACAACUUCACCACCAGGGUGGUACUGAAUGUAGCCAUUGUGGAAAUGGUUCAACCGCCUCCGGAGGAAACUGCACAUCUUCAGGCUUGUCCUCAAUUUAACGCCCCGAAUAAAACCCACGAGGGUGGUAAAUUUCCUUGGCCCGCACACACCAAAUCACUGGUGCUUUACGCCUUUUACAUUGGUUACACAUUUACUCAGGUCCCAGGAGGAUGGUUGGCCGAUAAGUUCGGAGCUCGGCCAGUCAUAUUGAGCUCAAUAGCUUGCACCACAUUAGCUACAGCCUUAUUUCCUGUUAUGACCCAGAAAUUCGGUUAUCUUGCUGCGGUUGGCCUGAGAUUCAUGGUGGGAACCUCUCAUGGUUUUUGCAUGCCGGCUUUGUCCUCCCUAGUCAGCACCUGGUUUCCUCCAAAGGAACGCCCCAUAUGGGGCGGUCUGGCUUAUGCAGGAACCAACUUGGGCACCAUAAUGGGGAACAUCAUCAGCGGGUUUUUGAUUCACAAGUUCGAUGGCUGGCCAGUGGCGUUUUACUUCUGGAGCGCCUAUUCUGGACUCUUUUUCCUGCUGGUUUUGCUGCUGCUUUUCUCAUUCCCCGACACCCACCCCUACAUAUCCAAGGCGGAGGCUGAUUAUAUAAGAAUGGAAAAUUGUAAAACUGGAAAUCGCACAGUGGUUGGACGAUCCUUCAAAACGCCCUGGAAGGCGAUUUUAUUGAACGGGCCCUACUGGGCCAAUAUAGCUGGGCAGUUUGGACACAAUUACAUUUAUUUGUCUUUGGUCACUUAUCUGCCCACUUACAUGAGGGAAAUCCUGCAAUUCGAUGUUGCCAAUGAUGGUUAUUUCGCUGCCAUUCCCUUUGUAGCCCUUUGGAUCAUGUCUUUGAUCUACAGUACAACGGCGCCGUUGAUUAUUAAAUGCACGUCGGAAAGGGCUUUUAAUUCCGUUUUAGGAGCUGGAUCAAAUGUAGCCUCAGCUGCGAUAGUCUUGGGAGCAGUUUAUGCAGCUUGUAACAGACAGUUGUGCAUCGGACUGUAUAUCUUCAGCAUGAUAAUCAAAGCUUUUUACUAUGCCACCUUGCCGGUUAACAUAAAUGGACUGUCGAGGAACUAUGGAGGCAUUAUGUUCGGGCUUUGUAACGCUCUUGGAUCAGUGAGUGGAAUCAUUGGCAAUUUCAUCAUAGGAGCAUUAACGAAACAUAAGCAACUGCAUGAAUGGCGUUUGGCUUUCUGGAUCACCUUCGGCGUUUGUGUUGUGACAACGGUGAUAUUUUUCCUGUUUUCGUCGACGGAAAGACAGAAGUUUGACUACAACGAAGAAGAAUUAGCAGAAAUGCAAAAUUCCUAAAUUUAUAAUAAAGAAACCCACUUCAAUUAA